AACCCGUGACGACAACCUUUUAAUAUCUGAACGAAUACAAAAACCUCGCAUUGAAAUGGGAAAGAAAUUCGGCAAUUUAGCUUUUAUUCGGGGAAUAAUAUACUACCAGAUAUCACCUCAUGAGCAGAAGCCAUUUGCCCGUGCUAUUAGAUAUGGUAUUCCAAAUUUCAUCCCGCGCACGAAAGCGACUAUAUUAACGUGGUUACCACCCUUUUUAGGUGCCAUAGUAAUGUAUAAAAGUGUAGAAGAAAAUCAUCGACAAAGACUGAGAAAAAAACCAGAAGACUAUAUCAAUGAUACAUAAUUCUUAGUUCUUAGUAACAAUUUACUGUUCUGCUGUAAUGAUUUAGAA